AUGACCUUCCUGACGGCCACGAUUCUUGCGGACUGCUUAAUCUGUCGACCUAUAAGGUACAGGUGGGAUUUCGCUAUCAAGGGAGCCUCAUGCGGAGACGAAACAAAGCUCGGUCUCUUCAUCGCGAUUGUUAACUUCCUACAAGACGUCAUUGUCGUGGUAUUGCCUAUGCCUAUACUUUGGAAUUUGCAAAUGGCCGUGAGCAGGAAAGCGGCGCUGACCGGCAUGUUCGGGAUGGGCAUCCUAAUCUGUGCUGUGACCGUCUACCGCAUCCAGGUAACCGCCACCAAUGACAAUCCGAGCAACCCAUCUUCGCAAGAGAAAUACGCUCUCAUCGCGCUCCUGACCUCUCUCGAGACGCUCCUGGGUAUCAUAAGUGCCUGCUUGCCGAUCCUGAAACCGAUAACCAAGAGACUUCGGGUCUCACUCCCCAAGCGCGGGUCAGACACAAACAAACCCUCCGCAUCUGGCAGCAUCCCUAUCAUUAUGCGUAUAAGUCACAUAUUUACAGCAUCGUCCAAGAAGUAUUCGUCAGGAGAGCAUAUUCCAUCGCCGGAUCGGUCGUGGUAUGAGAUGCAGGUGGGUAAGGAUGGGACAACGCACGUUUCGGUGAGACCGAAAGCAGACCCAAGGACAGAGGACGAGCUAGCCGGGAAACCCGCCGGAAGGGAUGAAGAUAUGGAGAGCAUAUACAACGCUAUGAUCUACACAUACGCGCACCUUCCCCACCACUCCUUCCACCCCAACACACACCCUCGCACGCUACGAUUUAAGAAGCUCAAAGCCGCAUCUUCCCACACGGAAGCGAGGUUCGAGAAAGCUCCCGCGGCCCUUGGGGCCGGGGCCGCUGUUUCGCUGGCGGCAGAUGGGACGGUGGCGUACGGCGCGGGCGGGCCGAUUUGCCGGGCUGGUGUGAUUGUUGCGGCCGUGAGGGAGGGAGUUAGUUGGGAAGAUGACGGGGACAGAUGA